GUUAUUUACUCGCUGACUGCACAUGGUUGGCUGUGGUAGGUGAAAUAGGGUUGUGAUAAUGGUAUAGUUGGUCUUUCGACUUGUGGAAACAAGGCUUUAUAUUUGCCUUUAUUCGUAUCGGAGUCCUUGCAAGUGGUGCCAGGUUUUAGCAUCGGAAAUUUGGGUACACGCUUCAUAAUAUGAGCGAGAUUGAUUCCUCUCACAAGCUCGAUGCAGAGAAAGUAGAGCCGGGUAUAGACGAGAGUAUAGACUCGGAAAAUACUUUGUUUACGGUAAGUAAGGAUUGGAGCGAAUGUAUUGACAUCCCCGAGAGCAAAGGAGACGAGGAAACAGUCGAAAAUGGCAACAGUUCCAGUGGGGAAGAGAAACAAGCAUACGAGACGACUCGUGCUAUGACUGCUAUCUCAGCCACAAGCCCUCCGCCACCCCCCGUAGUCAACCCGUGGAACAAAACCACGAAAAACGCUCGGAAUUCCACUGAAAAUGUUGAACUGGAAGAGCCUGUGAAAGAGAGCGUAAAAGAGCCAGAGAUCGCCAAGGAAGAUGAUAAAUUGACGGAUUUAGAAAGCUGGCCCAGUCUUGGGGAAACCGGUCAAAAUACGGAAGAAUUGAAGAAUAUUACGGUGAAAAAGGAAGCGGUGACUGAAGUACCUAAUAAUACAAGUGAGGAGAAUUUAAAGACAACCCCAAGAAAGAAAGGAAAAAGCCGUAAAUGGGUUCCUCUUCCACUAGAUCCCAAAGGCCAAGACGGUGAGAACACAAGCCCUUCGCCAGACUCUGAUGGUACAUUCCCCCCACGCAGAUCUCCCAGUUGGCGUGGUGUAUCACCUGGUGGUCGAGGGGGAAGAGGUAGGAGAGGUGCCGGUGGUAUGUAUCGUGGCGGAAGAGGUCGACAAAGAGGAGGGGGGAGAGGAUCUGAUCAACAAAUGCACUACGGGAGCAACCCAUAUCAAUAUCCUAAUGUCAAUCCUUAUGCCGAUGGAGCGAUGUACGUGGCCCCGCAGCCCUAUGGAAUAUGCUAUUAUGACAAUCGAAAUUACAGCAACAUGCUAGACGAAUCUUUACUAAAGGACUAUAUUAGGAGACAAAUUGAAUAUUAUUUUAGUACUGAAAACCUGGCUAAAGAUGUCUACUUGAGACAGCAGAUGGAUGCCGAGGGGUAUAUUCCUAUAAAUCUAAUAGCAAGUUUUUACCGAGUGCAAGCGUUGAGUCAAGACCAGGAUUUGAUUUUGCAGGCGAUGUCGGAAAGUGACAAGGUUGAAGUGAAAGAUGGACUUCUUCGAAGUCUUGAUAACCCAGCUAAAUGGCCAAUUCAAGUCUCUCCCACUGUCACUAGUCCUACAGAACAUGAGAAGAAUGCGGAAUCAGUAAAGCCAAUCGAUAAAGAUGAAAAAAUCCCAGAUGAAGAUGAAACUCUGGAUUCAAACGGAUCAGCAGUUCAAACGGAGACUAAGGGCGAAGUCACUUUGGACAGUAAAACAGAAGAGUCAUCUGCUGAAAGAAACAAAAUUCACAGUGAGUGGGAGUGGAAAGAAGUGAAGAGGAAGAAACCUCACAAGAGUCCAGACAAGAUUAUUGCUGCUAAGCCUAAAGUUACCGUUGGAGCAUUCGAACAAGAAGAACUGGAUUUUAAAUUCGACGAAGAACUUGUCGCUAUGGGAAAAUUUAAGGACUACAAAGACUGGUCUGAUGAAUCGGACGAUGAACUUGAUGAUUAUGAUGUUGGUAACAUUAUGAUUGUUACACAAACUCCGCCUCCCGCCAGCAAGAAACACGACCGUACUGGAAAUUUUGUAACACGAGCGAAACUGAAUGAUGAAUUUUCCAAGAUCAUUAAUGAUGGAUUAUAUUACUACGAACAGGAUCUCUGGGAUGACAGCGACGAGAGCUACUUAAGUAAAAAGGUCGAGCUGUCCUCUUCGUGGAAAAAGGUUGACGUAAUCUCCCGAGAUUACUUCGAUAGUCUUAAUGUCGACGGUCGUCCGAGGUCUAGCAGCGAGUUCUUUGUUAUGGACAUCGAACAAACCUCCGAAGAGGCUCAAAAGUUGUCCGAGAUAACGAAUCAGCUAUCACCAAGCGCUCCUCCGUUCCGACCGCGAGCGAUGACUGCACCCGUCGAACAGUUGUCCAAAUCGCUUCCUACGCAUGUCCCUUGUUUGCCUCCUUCACCAUCUAAACGUCCGAAGGGGUCGCGAACGCCAAAAUAUCUGAAAGAUAAUCAAAUUGCUCCAAGGUUUUAUCCUGCCAUUAGUAAGGAAAACGUGCCCGAUGAUGGUCUGCCGAAGAAACGAAAAACAAAGUAUAGCAAGAAUCCCCCCGUCGAACAUCACGUUGGCUGGAUAAUGGGCAGUAAACCGCAUCCUGCAGCAAGUGCAUCUGCGGGGACGUCUCCUCUAAGUACGCCGUCAUUUUUGGGACCGAAUGUGCCGUCCACGUCGUCCGGAACUUUCGGAUCGGCGCCUAUCUCGUUUCCACUCUUCCAACAUCCUUCGCAUGAGCUGUUGAAAAAGAAUGGAUUCACACAACAGCUUUAUCACAAGUUUCGUCAAAAAUGUUUUAAAGAGAGGGCCAAAAACGGAGUGGGACAGUCGCAAGAAAUGAACACAUUGUUUCGGUUUUGGUCCUUUUUCUUACGAUCGCAUUUCAAUCGGAAAAUGUACGCCGAGUUUAGGAAAUUUGCAAAUGAAGAUGCCAAAGCGGGAUACAGGUACGGUGUCGAGUGUCUAUUUAGAUAUUACAGUUAUGGUUUGGAGAAGAAAUUCCGUCCCGAUCUUUUCCAAGACUUUCAGGAAGAAACACUCUCCGAUCACGAUUCUGGCUUCCUUUAUGGCCUUGAAAAGUUUUGGGCAUUUUUGAAGUACUUUAAGGGCAAAAUGUUACCAGAAAUCAACCCAGAAAUAACCCGAAGAUUGGAAAGAUACAAAACCAUAGAAGACUUUAGAAAUGACCCUCUAAACCGGUUUAGUGAAGAAGGUGAUCUAUCUGUAAGAUUCCCUAAGAAAGGUGAUCACAAAUCAGGCGGUCAGUCGAAACACGAUCGCAGUCAGGAACCAAGUACUAGAACAGAGCAAGAACUCCAGGAGGGUGAGAAUCGAACUCAUGCCGUUAAGACGACGACGACAAACCAAGGAACGGCAGGUAAUGGAAGAGCAAGACUCCCUUCAAAAGGAAAGGAUGAACGCGAUAAAGCGACUGAGAGUCGAGUUGAGGAAAAAGCCCCAACUGAAAAAGGAGCGACCGGACGUGAUGGGCACCAUGGCCGCGAGGAGACUAAAAACCAGCAUUCGGAUCACCAUCAGAAAAGUAACCGUCGUCCACCUGGAAGAGGUCAUGGUCCCGGACAGGAUCACCAUGGAACUGGUCAACAUUGGGUAGGUAAGGAUACCCAGGGUCAAGGGAAACAUCAUCAUCCGCCAUCCAAGGGCCACCAUUCUUCAAGAGACAACCCCUCUCCACCAAAAGAGCACCAGGCAUCAAAAGGGAAGCACGCUUCGUCAAAAGAUCAUCCAGAUUCGUCUAAAGAUGUGCAAGGUGCAAAGGACCAUCCCGAGCCACCGACAGCUCAUUCGCCAAGAGAUCGCGCGCCGCCGAAAGGUCACCACGGUACUUCUAGAGCUCACCACGGACCAUUAAAAGAUCAGAAUGAUCCAUCAAAAUCUCAUCACGGAACUUCAAAAGAUCAUCACGGACCGUCCAAGGAACAUCACACGUCUGCGAAGGAUUUUCACGGACCGCAAAAAGAUCAGCGCUCGUCACCAAAGGAACAUCACGCUCCUUCGAAAGAUCAUCACGGACCGUCGAAAGAACAGCACGCUUCUUCGAAAGAUCAUCACGGACCGUCAAAAGAUCAGCACUCGCCCUCAAAAGAACAUCACGCACCAUCCAAAGAUCGUCACGGCCCAUCAAAAGAUCAGCAUUCACAAUCAAAGGAACAUCACGGGCCCUCCAAAGAUCAGCAAGCUCCGUCGAAAGAACGACACGCGUCGCCAAAGGAUCAAAACACGUCUUCAAAGGAUCUUCACGCGAUAUCAAAAAAACAUCAGGCAAAAGAUCACCAAGCGGCUUCAAAACCACAUCAACCUUCUUCGAAGGACCAACAUUCUUCAUCAAAAGACCAUCAAACCCAGUCGAAAGAACACACUCCCAAAGCCCAUCAAGGUGCCUCGAAAGAUCAACACGCCGCAUCAAGUUCAAAAUACCAUUCGACUGCAAAGGAGCACCACGCCAGGGGCAAAGAACAUCGUGUUCCACCGAAAGAUCAAGGCGUUGUGUCGGGAAACCAGCAACCUGUGUCGAAGAAACCGCACAGCUCGGCGAAGAGCUCACAUACCUCACAAAAACGACAAAACUCUCCAUCUAAAGAAAGCGCCUCUUCCAAGGAUCAGCAGAAAGAAAAAGACAUUGUGACUAAAGAAGAGAAAUCGUCUGGCAAAAAUAACUCGCAAGCAAAUGAUGGACCUCGCGAAAUUGCAAAGGAACAAUCGGUACCGGAAGAGCAACAACAACAGGUUGAAGCAAAAACUGCUCCCGAAGAAACAAAGCAUUCGGAUUUGAAAGAAAGCAAUGACAAUAGUUUACAACAACGUGCGAAAUCUGAGGACAGCGAUGUAACGCAAAACAAAUCGGAAGCUUCUACAUCUCAGGACGCUACCAGGCCACAUGCGUCUACUGGCGAUAAGUGAGGCCGCGCAUAGCACUGGAGAAAAGACCAAAGAGGUGAAUGUUUAUAGGUUGAAGUACAAUUUUUUGGAAAAAAAAUUUAAUGAAAAAGAUUAGCUGUUUCUGGCAUACUUCUUAUAGGAAGGAGCUGGGGGUUUAUCAACGAUUCGAGCAAAUGACAAUUGAUCAAUAGGGCGUUUGCUUUUGCCAUCGUACGGCGUUUAAUUUAAUGAUUUAACGAUUCAUCACCAGGGUGGAAUUUUUCAAGAACGUUGUCAAAAGGAAUGUCCAACCGCUACCCCUGCCAUUGCAAUCGUCUACUAGAUAUAUCGCAAAAUCUGGAUUUUGCUGAACUAUGCUGCCGUAUACAACAAGUGUGUAUUAUAAACGAGCCCAGAAAAAAAAACAAGCCCUUCAUAUUGCGAUCAGCUGACAUGAAAAUCGAUGAGGCGGGUGUCAGGUGUUAAAGAUGUGGUAUUUUUCAAAGCCUGUUUCGUUGAAUUCGAUGGAUGCGAUCAAUUCGACAAGAACGACUAGUUUUAAAAUGAUUCAUAUUAUUUGUAACGAUUUUUAGGGAAAAUUGCUUUAUCCAGGGUUGGUAUCAGGUGCAGAUGAGGUGAAAUCAAAUUACCAAGGACAAAUAAUUCCUUGUUGAUGUUUUUUUAAGAUAAGUAACAUUAUUCAAAAACAUUUGCUCUUUAUUGUGUACUUACAAAAUGAGGAAAAUUUUCCAUCCCUGGAUACAUGCACAAUAUUUCUUAAAAGGCCAAACUAAAGUAUUUUAUGCCAGUAUAAACUAGUUGCUAUUAGCGUUUUGCUUAUACGGGAGCUUUUAGCAAACCGAUUCUAUUAUUCGCUUAGAAAGGUGCUGGGUAGUGAAAGAAUAACGGUAUUAAGAACUGGCAGUUUAUAUAGGAUCAGUAUAUAAAAUUAACCAGAACUCCCACUCUCCACAUCACAUCUGUUUAGUGUUAACAGUGUACGAAUUGUAUGCCAUCAAGCCAUGUCCGUAUCGCUAAACAAGUGUCAUCAGCUUUGGUUUGUGGAGAGUGAGACAUCUGCUCAUUAUGUGUAAAGUAUUCUUAAUCAAAAGGUAGGACUUACAUGCUUGAUCAGAGCUUUGAAGUUCUUUUCCUGGUUCUUUGAAAAAGCGUUUUAAAUUAUUCCAGAGUGUCUGGUGUUUAGCAUAAGUAUUUUCGUUAUGUUUUCAUAUGCAAGAAAUCCUAGUUAUUUUUCAAUCAUAUGCAAUUGGGGUUACCGAAGUUAGUAUACACAUAUAUUAAAUUUUGUUAGACGCUAAAGAGUUUAUUAGCUAUUAUUUAUAUACACCUUUGUCUUUGACGAAAUAUAGAGAUUAUGA